GGUUUUUUUCUACCAGUUCGUGGUACCAUUACCAAAGUGGUACAACAAGAAACACGCGUAGUAGGGUUAGAAGCGGUGUGGGUUUUUUCUACCAGUUCGUGGUACCAUUACCAAGUGGUACAACAAGAAACACGCGUAGUAGGGUUAGAAGCGGUGUGGGUUUUUUCUACCAGUUCGUGGUACCAUUACCAAGUGGUACAACAAGAAACAUGCGUAGGGUUAGAAGCGGUGAGGAGUAAACUACAAGCCUCUCCACGUUGUGAUAUCUAACUCCAUCUCUUCAGCCCAGGUAUUCCAAAAUGGAGCCACAGUUCAAGAAUUGCUUGCUUCUGUUUAUCCUUGGCUGUUGUCUUCAUACAGUGUUUGCAGCGGUAUUGAUCAAUGAGCUCAACUCCAACGUUCCUGGUCAAGACACUAAGGAAUAUAUUGAACUGUACAAUAGCGGCACCGUUUCAGUCUCUUUAGACGACUAUGUCAUCGUUCUGUUUGACGGCACAACAAAUGCGGCCUACUACGUGUUGUCCCUACAGGGAGGUAGCAUAGCGUCAGAUGGCUAUUUUGUAAUUGGCUCAAGUAACGUCGUCCCUAACCCAGAUGUAGAUUUUGGAACAGGUGUAAACAUUGUGCAGAAUGGUGAUGAUGCCGUGGCUUUGUACAGAGGCCCUAUCGCAGAGUUCACUGUGGGCAUGUCUGUUACUGCGACGUCUUUAGUUGAUGCUGUGGUGUACUACAGGAGGGAAAUAACAGACAGUGGUCUUGUGGAUGUCCUGACCCCUAAUCAGGUACCUCUGAGAGAGUUUGGUGGACACUUCCGUGGAGAGGAUGAAUCCUUGAGCAGGUGUUCUGGGACGGACCCGUUGAAACUCUCCCAGUUUCACCUCACUGUUCUCACUCCAGGAGCCCAAAACAAUUGCACUAUGUUGGCUACCGACGCACCUGUGUUGAUACCUCCAGUUACCUUCCCUGGAAUUGUUGAUCUCCCAACGUUCUCUCCGGGGAUGUCGGAAAUCAUUCCACAUAUAGUCAUAAAUGAAAUCGGUGUCGAUCGAGGGUCCGGCCAGUUCAUUGAGCUGUUUGAUGGUGGUUAUGGUGAUGUAUCCCUGGACGGGAUCAUUAUUGUGUUGUACCGGAGCAGGACGGAAGCGUCCUAUGGCAAUGCUAUCAGCUUAUCCGGAUUCAGAACUGAUUCGGAUGGAUAUUUUCUCCUGGGCCAUUCAAGCCUGCAGCCAGAUGCUGAAUUACGAAGGACCCUUCGCACUAACAGACUAAAUGCCAUAGCACUGUACUUUGAAUCUGCGGACAACAUGCCUUCUCUAACGGCAGUCACUGGUCGGAAUCUUAUAGACGCUGUAGUCUAUUCAGAUUCAGAGCGUGAUCGUAGUAGUGCUCUCAUUGAUGUACUGUACGCUGGUGCUACACCUCUAGUGACGCCAGAGGACCAAACCAAUUCAUCUUUUGUUAGGUGUAGGUCUUGGCAGAGUCUUGACACCUCUGCUUUUACCAUCGGUACACAGACCCCAGGAGAGGACAACAUAUGCAACCAGUACCUGCCUGUCUUUUUUAUUAAUGAAAUUAAUGUGGCUGUUGAUGCUGUAAUCACUGAUCAGUUUAUUGAAAUAUUUGACGGUGGGAUUGGUUUUCAAUCUUUGGACGGCGUCGUUGUUGUUCUGUACAACGGAAGAAAUUCUCUGUCAUACAAUGCUAUAGAUUUGGCAAGCUACAGUACUAAUGAUAAAGGGUUCUGUGUGAUUGGAUGGAAUAACGGAACUAACGUUGACGUUGUAGUGGAAUUUGAUGCGGCAGUGGGGUUUCUGCAACCAGGCCCCGAUGCUGUUGCCCUCCACUUUGGUCCUCCUCAGCGCUUUGCCAAAGGAAAAGCAGUCACAGACUACAAUCUUAUCGAUGCGGUGGUGUACGGAGACAACCCAGCGUUACCCUUACUGCAUACACUCCUGCCAAACCAGCAGGUCCUGAAUGAAUUGGGAGGCAGCAUCUCGGCGGAUCAGUCUAUAAGUCGCUGUUCCUGCUGCCAGAGCCUAAACACGACUGCCUUUGGCCUUGGAACUCCCAGCCCAGGGAACAUCAACGUGAACUGCAUCCAGAACAACAAAACUCAUAUUGAAACUUUCACCCAUUACGUCAAUUUAAUUCGUCUGAAUGAAAUUCGGAUUUCAAGACAGGACGCCCCAAACGGAGACUUUGUUGAAAUUUAUGAUGGUGGAUUUGGAGGUGUAAAUCUGGAUGGUAUGGUACUUGUUCUCUAUUCAAGUCAGGGAGAGAGCUCUUAUAAGACAAUAGAUCUGAAUGGCAUGAGUACUGACUCAAGUGGCUUUGUUGUGAUUGGCCCAAGAUCAGUCCAAUCAUCAGGAAUCCUGGUAGAUGAGGACCAUUGGUUUCAGGGCGAGGCUGGAGCCGUUGCAAUACACAAGGGCUCUUCAGGAGACUUUCCGGCAGGCACUCAAGCUUCCACCACAAAUCUCAUGGAUGCUGUGGUUUAUGGUGACAGUAACUUACUCCUUGUUGAGCUUCUUACACCGGGACAGGACCGAUUGAUUUACUCAAUCUCAACAGGUGAGACAUCUAUCCUUCGCUGUUUCUCAAGAGAAGCUUUUGAAGUCCUUGCCUACUCCAUCGGUGGAGUGUCUCCAGGGUUGCCCAAUGGUGCUUGCCCACUGCCACCGAUCACUAUCAAUGAGGUUAAUGUGGAAGACAGGUCACUCACCAUCGGAGAGUAUGUGGAACUGUCUAGCAACGGUAUCCCUAGAUUCCCACUUAAUGAUAUACUCAUGAUCUUUUGGAGAGGCUCCACUUCAUUAUCAUACCGCUCGAUAGUAUUAAAUGGUAAACGAACAGAUAAAAACGGCUUGUUCCUGAUCGGUUAUCAAGGCCUGUCUUCUCCACGGCCAGACCUCACCCCCUUCGUUGCCCCAAACUCUGGCAUCCGAAUCGGGCCCAAUGCAAUCUCCAUCCACAAAGGUCUGAACAAGUACAACUUCCCCAAACGGACACCGCUGACCAACGAGAGCUUGAUCGAUGCCAUCGUACACGGCAGGGGUACCAGUCAGAUAGCUCAGCACCUGAUCGACUUCUUCAAACCCAACACUCUUCAAAUCAACGAGGUAGAUUCCUGGAGUGACAGAGAUGAGUCCAUCAACCGCUGUCAAAACACGGAGAACAACACUGUGUACCAAUUGGCUCAUAUCACACCGAAAGCGCCCAACCACUGUCCGAGUAGAGCAGACGCUGAGCUGAUUAUCAAUGAGAUCAACCUGAUUCCCUCGGAGCAGUUUAUUGAGCUGUGGGAUCUCGGAGCUGGCUUUACUACCCUGGAUGAUUUUGUGGUGGUGUUGUUUGGAGAAGAUGACACGUCUGUGUGGCGUAUCCCAUUGACAGGCUUUACCACUGACAGUAUGGGUUACUUUAUCAUGGGAGUCAACAGUGUCUUCCCUAGAGCUCAGUUUGUCUUUGCUGAUGGUUUUAUGCGGUAUGCUGUUGGUGCUGUUGCUGUUUAUCGAGCUUCAUUGGUGGAUUCAAUCAUAGAGGGCCAAUCAGCAUCGUCCCAGGGUCUCCUGGAUGCAAUUGUGUAUUCAAACCUAGACAAUCCCUCAUCAGAACUGACCAAUGUACUGACUCCAACAUUCCCAGCUGUGGAUUCCCGUUUGCUCCAGACAUCCGGAUUUUCUCUAAGUCGUUGUCUCUCUGUUAAACGCCGAGCACCGCGGUCAUUCGUCCCCCAACCCCAGUCUCCCAAGGACUUCAACACCUGCCCUGUGUAUUCCAAUGACGUGAUCAUAAAUGAGAUCAACGUCCAGCACCCUGGUCAGUCGGCCGAGGAAGAGUUUAUUGAACUGUACGACGGCGGGGUUGGUUUUACCAGGCUGAGGUUCCUGAGUCUGGUCUUAUUUAAUGGGAACUAUGAGGACCGUUCCUACCUUACUGUUGAUCUUCAUGGCAAACAUACUGACCGCAGUGGCUACCUUGUCAUAGCCUCUCGGCAUUUCUCUGGAGUUAGCAAUGUAGCCAUUACAACUUCUAGAGACGGAUUUCUUCAGGAUGGUCCAGACGCUGUUGCUUUGUAUCGAGCACCUGUAGGAGCUUUCCCUCAUGGCACUGUGGCUUCAUCUAGGAGUCUAGUAGACGCUAUUAUCUAUUCAACUGAGGAUAAGGAACACAUUAGUCUAGUGGAAAAGAUAAUGCCAGGUGGCUAUGUUGUAGUAGAGGAUUCCAACCAUGCCACUGGUGAUGAAACCAUUAGUCGUUGUAAAGGAGAUCAACGAUUGAGUCCAGACGUCUACAGCAUGGGCUUACCUACUCCAGGCCAGGUUAAUAACUGCACUCAACAAAGCGGUGUAUCAAAGACAGGUGUCCUGAUCAAUGAGGUGAAUGUAGCAGCCAGUAAUGGAGGUGGUGAAUUCAUUGAGUUAUCCAGUCUAGCCAGAGGGUUCAUCUCACUCAAUGGGUUUGUGUUGGUGUUCUACAACGGAGACAAUCAAGAUCGCUCCUACCUGGAACUAGAUCUCACUGGAUACAUGACUAACCAAAAUGGUUUCUUUGUGGUGGGAACAUCUUCCGUCAGUCCCACACCUCACAUCCUCCUCCCGGACAACUUCCUACAACAUGGCCCCGAUGCCAUUGCUCUGUACUACACCACUGCCAGGCUCUUUCCUCGAGGUACCAUCGCCACAUCAAUGGACUUAGUGGAUGUACUUAUCUACGGACAAGACAUGGGUGAUAAUACACUUUUGCAGAAGUUAGCUCCUUACCAGACGCCUGCCGUUGAGGACCCUGAAUACUCGGAGGAAGAUGAGUCCCUGUCUCGGUGUCUGAGUAAUCACAUGGUGUCUCUGUCUGCUUUUACCGUUUCACAACCAACACCGGGUCGGGCGAAUCUCUGCUCCAUGACCCCAGUGGUCAUCAAUGAGGUCAAGUUAGAUGGAGACCAAGUUGGUUUGAUUGAGCUGUACGAUGGAGGGCGAGGCUCCACCCCUCUUGAUUCUCUCUCCAUAGUACUUUACGACUAUGGAGAAGACGGUCCGACAGCUUACUCAGUCCAAUCUCUUGCCGGCCACUCAACAAAUAUGAAUGGUUAUUUUGUAUAUGGGAAACCCAGCACAGAAUGGCAAGUUGACCUGGAGAUAAGCCCUUCAAUAGCCAACUUUCCCCACAACACUGGUUCUAAUGCUGUGGUUCUGUAUAAAGACAAAGGGACUGCUAGCUCCAUGGAUGAUGACGAGUUGGUUGAUGCUAUGGUGUAUGGCUACAGGGACCCACCUAGCACCCAACUUAUCGACGCGUUACUACCAGGCCAAUCCCAGAUCCAGAUUAACUCUGAAUUUUCCCAAGGUGACAUGAGUAUUAGUCGAUGCAAGUGUUGCCAGAAGUUACAUGGAUCUGCGUUCGCCUUGACUGCUCCUACACCUCAAGGGGACAAUCUGUGUCAAACAGGUACGACAGUAGCCACACCCACAGCUAUCAUUAUCAAUGAGGUAAGACCAGGGACCCAAGGUUCUAAUAGUAAGGAGUUUGUGGAGUUGAGAGGACCUCCUGGUACUCGGUUAGAUGCCUAUACAUUGGUGCUCGCUGCGUCUUCCAACAAGGGUCCCGUUUACUAUAACGCCUUCUCGCUCGAAAGUCGUUUCAUCUCAUCUGAGGGCAAGUUUGUUAUUGGUACGAGUAACGUGAUCCCACCUCCGAACGCCCUCUUCCCAGUAUCCGGGGAUAGUGUGAUACGGCCCGGCGAGGGCGCUGUUGCCGUUUACCAGAUGCCUUACAGCGCUACAAUAAUGGGCUCACGGGUCACAAGUGAAGACCUUGUGGACGCUGUUGUGUUCACCAAUGACAGUUCACAAUCUACAAGGAAGCUUUCUUCGGUCCUCACUCCGGGAUUUCAAGGAUUCUUCACAGGAAAUUUAAGUGCCAUAGCCGAUAUCACCAACCCGUCCAUAUCUCGCUGCACCUGCUGUGACAUCACAGAUCCCUCGGUCUUCACCCUGUCCACCCCUACACCAGGCCACACCAACAAAUGUCCAAUCAGGAAGUUCAGACAGACAGUGCAACUGCACAUUCUGGACGCUGCUUAUGAUGUGUGGAAGGCCAACCCUCAAUUUGGCACUGACGUUAAGAAACGUAUAGCCGAGGGAGUGAAUGCUGAAUGCCAGUGUGGUUUCAGGGAGUUUUACCUGAAAGAUAGUAAAUUACUCAAUGGCAGUGUGUACUAUGAAGUAGAGAUGUUUGCCUUGAGUGAAAGCCAGUCCCAGCUCCUUUUUGAUAGUUACGUCAGCUUUGUCAAGAAGACCAAAACUAUCCAAGUCCUUGGUACAGAAUUCCAUAUCAGCAGUGAAUGCUUUAGUAACUGUAUACAUGGCAAAUCCACUCAGCAAACUGGAGCUGCAGGUACGAAGCCAGUGGUAGCUGUUGCUAUUGUUAUCGUGGUGGUAGUAACUAUUGCAGUUGUCUCGCUUGUGUUGUACAUCGUUAUCCAUCGUCGGCAUGGGAUACUUUCUUUGAUCAAAAAUGGAGGGAAAGCAAACGGCAUGGAGGGUGAGUUUCGUGUGACCCAUAAAUGCACCAUUAACGAUCUGGAUGUGUUGGGUGACACUUCAUUCACAAAUGGAGCAGGAAGUUUUGGAAAUCCUGUUUACUGCCUGGAACCUCCUCCGGUCCCCAAGCCACAGCCAGUGGUCAUUGAAUGCUCGUCAGAGACAACAGAUGCGGAUGUGACGGGGGAAAGCUCAACCCAGGCUAAUGGGGGGACAGAGGAAAAGGCGGAUAGUGUACAGUCUUGAGAACAGGUGUGUCACUCAGAUAAAAGGCCCAAUUUCACAUAGCUGCUUAACGGUAAGAAAAUUGUUGUGCUUACUAUAGCAUAAAAAUUACCAAGGUAUAAACGUAUUCCACAGGUUAGCCUGCGCUAAGAAAUGGAAAUCGGCAAGUAAGCACAAAAUCGGCCGUUGAGCAGCUCUAUGCAAUUGGGCCCUGAUGUAACUUAUGAUUCUCCAUAAAAUAUACAAACAAAUGAAACAGUUACUUUUCAAACAGCUUCCAGAUUUUCUUAGUACUAAGUUGAGGUCACAACCUUUUUUUGAAGAGAGGUUUAUUGUUUAAAAGUUCGCAAAAAACAUUCCACAAAUGACCACGUGUAUUCUUAUACCUUUUUAUAGACAUAGAUUUCUAGUAUGUACAGAUUAUUACUGUGUGAUUUUGAGCUAUUGACCUAUUAAGCAUAAGGUGAGUUUAAGUUUUUGGAACUUCACUUUUUUUCUGGAAAGUGAUUCUUCAGAGAUCCAGUUAUCUUGUAACCAGCCUGUGUUAACACUAUUGUAACACUGUGUAAUAACUCAAAACAAUUGUUAGCAAUAAAACUUACUUGGUAAUAUAAUAGAUGUUAAAUUUGCAUC